GCGCCCCUUAAAAAUGAAAGCCUGGUCUAUAUAAUAGUCAAAUAGUGUAUAUAUUAUAACACUCCUGGUAAUAUUAAUCCAGGUUUUGCGGUUCUAGCUUUGCACUAUCUUGCGGUCAUCGCCUAGUUGGUAUCAUAUAUGCGUAGUGGCAUGCCAUUGUCCGCGUGCCUAUCCAUAGGUUAGAUCGCGAGCCCCUGUUAUCUUCCAAGCCCCUGAGAGUUGUUAGGCACACGUUCGCUCUAUUUUCUUGCUUUUUUCUUCAUUUUGUGGCAUAUAUAUGUUAUUGAAAUGGAAUCUGAAAUAGCUGAAUGGCUUUUUGAUAUUAGGAAAUAUUGAAAUAAAAUUAUAUAUUUUUUAUGCGUUUUUUCUCAUUAUCUGGAUUGAUAGUCAUAUUUAGUAAGUCUGUUUCAUUCACCAUACAUAAUGAUCGUACUGUUUAAAAGUUUUAAUGCAGAUUACUUUACUAUUGACAUGUAAGAUGGCGCGACGGUCGAACGUGAGGCAGGCUUAAAGGUUUUUGAUUGGGUAAGAACUGAACCGAUUGAAAACGUACGUAGCGCCAUGAAUGUAAGUUCGCGUAAAUUGUAAACAUGGUUGUAAAUAGAGAAGCAGCUGGAUUUUACGCGAUCUUCGCCGCGUCGUUCGUCGGAAGACUUGCGCUAGUGAUCUACGGCGAUUGGCAAGACCGAACGCAGAUCGUAAAGUACACGGACAUAGACUAUUUCGUGUUUUCCGACGCGGCACGGUACGUGGCCAACGGUGCAUCACCUUACGAUCGCCCCACGUACCGCUACACGCCUCUACUCGCCGCCGUCUUGACACCAAACGUUUUCCUACAUCCCGCCUUCGGCAAGCUCCUCUUCAUCGUCUGCGACGUUCUCACGGGAUGGCUUAUGUACAGAAUCUUGCUGUUACGAGAGAACGAGAGCCGCCAGGGGACGUCAACGGCAGUGAAUGUGGCGUGCAGGCAUCCCAUCUGCAACUAUGACAACGAGGGGGAAGCCUACUGCAACAGCAAGACGUUUCAUCCGCUAUUCCUCGCGUCACUGUGGCUGUUCAACCCGCUCCCGGCGGUCAUAGCCAGCAGGGGUAAUGCGGAGGCGGUCAUGUGCGCGCUGGUCCUCGCCGUGCUGCAUUCGAUCGAAACGCGCCGAUUCUCGCGCGCCGCGAUACUCUACGCAAUUGCCGUGCACGUCAAGAUAUAUCCGAUCACGUACGCGCUGCCGAUUUACCUCCACCUGAACGCGUCCGAGAGAAAGCGCGAGGGGCGCGGUUUGCUCGGCUAUCUACGUCACGUCCUGCUGCCCAGCCGGAGAACGUUAGUCUUUGCGGCCGUAUCCGUGGCGACCCUGGCGGCGCUCACGUGCGUCAACUACGCUCUGUACGGGCAUGACUUCCUCGAACACACGUACCUGUAUCACGUCACGAGACGUGACAUAAGACACAACAUGUCCGUGUACUUCUACAUGCUGUACCUCCUGGCCGAGUCCGAUUGGUCGCUGUGGAUCGGCGUUCUCGUGUUUUUGCCGCAGGCUGUUCUCCUGAUCGCCCUGUCGCUGCGGCAUUUCGACAGCUUGGAGCUGUGCUGGUUUCUGCACACCUUUACCUUCGUCGCGUUCAACAAGGUGUGCACGUCGCAGUACUUUCUCUGGUACCUCUGCUUUCUGCCGCUGAUAGUCUCGCGAAUGAAGUGCGGCUGGAUGGCUAACGUGCUCGUGUGGUCGUUCUGGUUUCUCGCGCAGGCUCUUUGGCUCGCGGCCGCAUUCUACGUCGAAUUCGAAGGCCGCAACGCGUUUUUGUACGUCUGGAUGGCGGGAGUGCUGUUCUUCAUUAGCAAUAUAUGUUUGCUGUGUCAUGUUAUUGCAGCCUCCCACCCACCUGAUAAGCUUAAGAUUAAGUAGGCCAAUCAACAAUUGUUUUGGUACCCUGAUAGAAAAGCUUAUGCGAAUAAAGUUGUUCGUCGAAAUGCAGCUGUAACUAAAAGAUUCUCAGAGUAAAAAAAAACUAUUAUAAUAUUAUCA